GAAGAAGUGGUGAACAAAAUGCGUGGUUCUGUUAUGUUCUGUUUAUGUUGCGACAACCAUCAUGUUACUCGUAGGUUUCAUUUCAUGCAUUAUGUUGGUUGAUUGGAGAAGUGUUGGAAGACCGCUUAGAGUCGUUUGCUUUUUUGUUGGAUUGUUGAUCGCCUAAUCAUGCCAUAUCUAUUUGGAUGGCUUGAUAUGGCCUUACUUAAACGGGCCAAGGUCAAAACUCAGCAAACCGUGGCAUAACUGCACUGAGCAGAAAGAGGGCGAUCAAUUUCAGACCACAUCCUCAAGACACCCGAUACGUAUGGGAAUUUCCCACGUCAAAGCUCUGGGGUCUUUAGGAGCCGUCCAUUUUGUUUGGACCAGACAUGCUUGAUCAUGCAGGAGAGUCCAGCAUGCUCGAUUUCGGGAUCAUGAACAGCCAAGGGACCAAUUUGGAUCAAGCCAUGCAAUGCAAUUGUGCGUGUUGAAGGGUGUCGAAUAGCAUUUGGACAGAGUCGUUUGAUACAUUUCAAUAUCAAUCUCGCGUGCACUAGAAUUCCCAUGCUGCCUUUGAUAUCUGGUACCCGUGCCCUUCAGCAUGCCAGAGUUGUUGGCUAUGCAUCUCAGCGAGUUGCCAGUGUCAUCGACCGAAUCCAAGGUGGCACAAGAGUGGCUGGGCAUGAAGAUGUCAAUCCAUGUCAUACCGUGGGUUGGGUUCAUUCUACGUAUUUCAGUUUGUCAACAAAGCGCUAUAGUACACAUGAUGCCUUUGUGCAGCCGAAGCAGGUGCCGACGCAUGUCCUGCGUCGAAGAGAGGGCUGGGGCGUGCAUAGCCCUGCAGGGGCAAGAUUUGGUAGGGUAGUCAACACAACAGAGCGCUUGAUACUUGAACCAACUGAGGAGGAAAGGAAGCUUGCUUCUCAGCUUAAAGCAGUAGGCAAUCAAAAGAGUGGUCACCGGCAAUGGCACAAUCUGUAUGCGGAAUAUUCUGGGUCCAGUCCAUUGGUCCUGACUGCUGCAAUGUAGGCAGCUCUGAAACAGGGGGACUAUGAGGAGGGCUACAAGAUUUACAAACGGGUCAUACACAUGACACUACCUACAUAUACAAUUGCUAUGAAACUCCUGGGCAAACUUGGGCGACAAGAUGAAGUUGAACGACUCUGGGGACAGCUGGUUGAGCGGGACAUUGUCAGUCACCCUCAAGCUUCAGGACGCAUUGACGCGGCUGCAGACAGUGGAGACAUUCAAGCAGCAGCACGGGUCCUCCGCUACCUGCGGGAAAAAGGUCUUCAGGCUGACGGGGUGCACUUUAACUCAGCGAUCAAUGCUUGUGCCAACAGCCAAGAUUCAAAUCGAGCUGCAGCAGCUCAAGGUUUUUUGGAUGAGAUGUUAGCUGCACGUUUGAAACCCGAUAUUGUGACAUAUGCAAACUUGCUUCGUGCAUUCCGACAGGAGCCAAGGCAACGUCUGCUGAAUCUGCUGGUGGAGAUGAAGAAAGAUAAAGUGAAAGCAAACAAAGUCUUUGCAGAAACCUUUCUGUUUGUUUUCUUGCAAGAGCCAGAAAAAGGCAGCUGGACCCAAAUCAGUGUCAUGGCUUCAGAUUUGCGGAAAAGGCCUGUGGCCGAUCUACAGGCUGCAAAGGACAUUCUUGAUGAGUUCAAGCGCACAAAUGUCGAGUUCAGCAAGUUCUGCAAGCGGAUCGACGGGGUAAUUCAGUCUUUGCUGGAAGAAGCCCGCAGAGUGACUGGAAAGAUCGUAGCUUAGAGAUUAUGCAGAUGUGUUCCGCCAAAAGCUGCUUGCGUCAUUGUUGACCCCUUUGAUUUGCCCCGACAGUCUUCUGAACCUCAGAGGUUCACCACCUCGCCGAUUCUCCGACUCAGACCGGUCCGGUGCAUCUAUAGAAUCUAGUUAUCUAGAUAUGUUUGGUAUUCGCCAACACUGCAACUGUCAUCAUUCGCGACCCUGCUGCAAACUCUGAGGUGAG